UUUCUUUUUCUUCUUUCUUUUUGUUUUUCUUUUCUUUUUUUUUUUUUUUUUUUUUUUAAGACAGAGUCUCACUCUGUUAACAAGGCUGGAGUGCAGUGGUGCGAUCUCAAUCUCGGCUCACUGCAACCUCUGCCACCCAGGUUCAAGGGAUUGGCAUGCCUCAGCCUCCUGAGCAGCUGGGAUUACAGGUGGCCACCACGCCCCACUAAUUUUUGUAUUUUUAGCAGCUAUGGGGUUUCACCAUAUUGCCCAGGCUGGUCUCAAACUCCUGACCUCAAGUGAUCCGCCUACCUCAGCCUCCCAAAGUGCUGGGAUUACAGGUGUGAGCCAUGAUGCCCAGCUAUGUUUUCUGUUUGUUUUUUUCUUUUUUCCAUUUCUUGUAGAGAUGGAGGGUCUCACGAUGUUGCCCAGGCUGGUCUUGAACUCCUGGCCUAAAGCAAAUCCUCCCUCCCAGCCUCCCAAAGUGCUGGGAUUACAGGGCUGAAACACCAUGCCCGACCUAGCUUUCUUUUCAAUACCUCCUCCACUCCCACACUGGCUGUCUGGGAUCCUCCAUCUGUCUGGGAGGUAAGUAUUUGAAAGUGUAUGCCAGGUCUUUGAAAGGAAGGUUAUCCAUAAAGGGGCUGGCAAGGACUGAACAAGCCUGAGGACGCAGGUGGGCAUCGUCUGUGUGGAGGCAUUGCCAGGCAACAUGCUGGCUGCUGCCCAGGAGAACCUCCCAGGAUGCUAACGUGGCCCUCUGGGCUGAUGACAGGGUGCUUUUGUAGGUGGGGCUGGGCAUCUCCAGAUUUCCCCACACUGUAAUACCUUUUAAUUGUUGGUAUGUGCUAGAGCUUGGUGGAAAAAAUAAAAUGGACGAGUUCCAUUUUGGGGGUCAGGAUAGAGUUUUUAAUGGGUGCAUUAGUUCUCUUUUUAUCCCAACUCUGCCAACAACAGAGAGGAACCCAGUGUUCUCACACUCCCCUCCCAAAGUUCAAGAACUCACUGGGUGUCCAAAUCUGGAUCCUUGCUCACAGUGCCCUUCAUUGCGGUCUCACCAUCUCAGCCACAGGUAGAGAACAGUAAAAUCUUUUUUUUUUUUUUCUUAGAUGGUGUCUCACUCUGUGGCCCAGGCUGGAGGACACUGGCAGGAUCUGGGCUUACUGUAACCUCUGCUUCCCGGUUCCAGUGAUUCUCAUGUCUCAGCCUUCCAAGUAGCUGGUAUUACAGGAUGAGAUCAACACUUAACAAGAGAACAGGACUCUAUAUAAAUCGCUGUGGGCUCACCACCUCUAAGGAGGAGCACUGACUGAAGACAGAAAAAUUGAUGAACUGAAGAAGACAUGGUCCAUUAUGCCUUACAAACUUACACAGUGCUUUGGGAAUUCCCAAGUACUCAGUGGAGAGAGGUGUUUCAGGAGCCAUAGAGCCAGAUCGUCAUCAUGUCUGCAUUGUGGCUGCUGCUGGGCCUCCUUGCCCUGAUGGACUCGUCUGAAAGCAGCAACUGGGGAUGCUAUGGAAACAUCCAAACCCUGGACACCCCCGGAGCAUCUUGUGGGAUUGGAAGACGUCACGGCCUGAACUACUGUGGAGUUCGUGCUUCUGAAAGGCUGGCUGAAAUAGACAUGCCAUACCUCCUGAAAUAUCAACCCACGAUGCAAACUAUUGGCCAAAAGUACUGCGUGGAUCCUGCCGUGAUCGCUGGUGUCUUGUCCAGGAAGUCUCCCGGUGACAAAAUUCUGGUCAACGUGGGCGAUAGGACUAGCAUGGUGCAGGACCCUGACUCUCAUGCUCCCAUAUCCUGGAUUAGUGAGUCUCAGGUUUCCCAGACGACUGAAGUUCUGACUACUAGAAUCAAAGAAAUCCAGAGGAGGUUUCCAACCUGGACCCCUGACCAGUACCUGAGAGGUGGACUCUGCGCCUACAGUAGGGGUGCUGGCUAUGUCCGAAGCAGUCAGGACCUGAGCUGUGACUUCUGCAAUGAUGUCCUUGCACGAGCCAAGUACCUCAAGAGACAUGGCUUCUAACACCUCAGAUGAAACCCAAGACCAUGAUCACAUAUGCAGUCUCAAAUGUUACACAGAUAAAACCAGCUAAGGGGACCUGUAACUGGGAAUCUGUUUGACCUAAAAGUCAUUAACAUGAAUCACAUUACAGGAAGAAUUUUGACCUGCA